ACAACACUCACUCCAUGGUCCCUCCGUUCAUCUCUCUUGGUUUUUGUCUCAAACUCACCUUCGCCUUGCCCUUUUUCCCUUGGAAAAUUAUCCUUCAUCUUCUUCCUUAACUGAUUCUUCCUUAACAGACAGACAGGUCUCUAUAUGCUUAGAUAUUUGCGUUUUGUUACUGUAUGCUGGGAAUCCUUACUUCUGACGCAAACGAAGUAGCCAGUUUUCAGCGGGAAUGUAGGGUUAUUAUUAUACUUUCGGAUCCGCAGACGCAUUUUUUAAAGAAAAUGUGGAUUGGGUUUUAAUUGAGGAAGUAGCUUCAAUGGCGACUCCGUAGCUCAGCAUUUCGACGGUUUCAAAGCAAUCUAUAAGGAAGGCUAAGCCGCUGGACAUGGUCGGGAUUUUUCAAGUCACUGAACCAGGAAAAAAGCAAGGCCCACACCAAGUCCAGUCGCCAAAGCCUCGUUGUGAACAACCCCAGAUGAAAAUCUGCGUUGCUUUUCCUCUUCUCAGUUCCAUAUUCGUCAUUGUUACUCUUCUUCCUUUAACUCUUGCCGACCUCAAGUCAGAUAAAAAAGCUCUUCUUGCCUUUGCUGCUACUGUCCCUCAUGGACGGAAUUUCCACUGGAAUCCUGCUAGAAAUGUUUGCUUUUGGUUUGGCAUCACUUGCAAUUCAAAUGGUACCCGUGUGAUUUUCGUUCGACUUCCUGGUUGUGGACUAAUGGGUCCUCUCCAAGAAAACACUCUUGGAAAGUUAGAUGCCUUACAGGUUCUCAGUCUUCGUUCCAAUGCUCUCAAUGGAGGUAUUCCUUUUGAUAUUUCCUCCCUCCCUUCCCUAAAGCGCUUGUUCCUUCAACAUAACAACUUCUCUGCUGCUAUGCCAACCUCCUUUUCUCCCGAACUUAAUGUGUUGGAUCUCUCGUUCAAUUCCUUCACGGGCAGCAUUCCGCUAACAAUUCAGAAUCUGACCCGGCUCACUGUAUUGAACCUUCAAAACAACUCCCUUUCUGGACCCAUUCCCAAUGUCACCCUGCCACUCAAAACUUUGAAUUUAAGCUACAAUCAUCUUAAUGGCUCAAUUCCAUCUUCCCUCAAGAAUUUCCCCAUUUCUUCAUUUGUUGGAAACUCUUUCUUAUGCGGCCUGCCUCUAAAUCCUUGCUCUCCUGUACUGCCUCCAACUUCUCCUUCUCCUUCUCCUUCCCCAGCAAACUUUUCUCCACCCCCAUUCCCUUCAGAGUCUCGAAAGAAACUCUCUAAAGUAGCUAUUAUUGCCAUUAUAGCUGGAGGGUCUGUGGUUCUGUUACUUAUUGCUCUAAUCUUAUUAUUAUGCUGUUUGAAGAAAAAUGAUAAUGGGGCCAGCAGUGUGUUGAAAGGAAAGGCCUCUGUUGGUGGAAGGAGUGAGAAGCCCAUGGAUUUUGGUAGUGGGGUGCAGGAGCCUGAAAAAAACAAGCUAGUUUUCUUUGAAGGGUCGCCUUAUAGUUUUGAUCUUGAGGAUUUAUUGAGGGCUUCAGCUGAGGUACUUGGUAAGGGAAGUUAUGGGACUGCCUAUAAGGCUGUCUUGGAGGAGUCAACCACAGUGGUGGUAAAACGGUUGAAAGAAGUUGCAGUGGGGAAGAAGGAGUUUGAACAACAGAUGGAGAUUAUAGGGAGCGUUGGGCAGCACCCAAAUGUUCUGCCGCUCCAGGCUUAUUAUUACUCGAAAGAUGAGAAGCUCUUGGUUUCUGAUUACGUCCAGGGUGGCAACUUGUAUACGCUCUUGCAUGGAAAUAGGGAUGAUGCCAGAAGAACUCCCCUAGAUUGGGAAUCAAGAGUCAAGAUUUCCCUUGGGGUCGCCAAGGGAAUUGCCCACAUCCAUUCUGUCGGCGGUCCAAAAUUCAGUCAUGGAAAUAUCAAGUCCUCAAACAUCCUCCUCAACCAAGACACCAACGCUUAUGUCUCCGAUUUCGGCCUUUCCCCAUUAAUGAACUUCCUGCCCACUCCAUCACGACACGCUGGUUAUCGUGCUCCUGAAGUAGCUGAAACACGAAAACAAACUCACAAAUCUGACGUGUACAGUUUCGGAGUCCUACUGCUUGAGAUGUUGACUGGAAAACAACCGAUCCAAUCUCCCGCGCGCGACGACAUGGUGGACCUACCUAGGUGGGUCCAGUCAGUCGUGAGGGAGGAGUGGACGGCUGAGGUUUUCGACAUGGAGUUGAUGAGGUACCAGAAUAUUGAAGAGGAUAUGGUGCAGAUGUUGCAGAUUGGGAUGUCUUGUAUAGCGAAGGCCCCGGAUAACCGACCAAGUAUGGAAGAGGUUGUUAGGAUGAUUGAAGAGAUCCGGCUAUCCGACUCGGAGAAUCGGCCAUCUUCAGAAGAGAACAAAUCCAAGGACUCUAAUGUGCAGACCCCUUGAUUAUCUGAGUGUUGUUCCUUUCAUUCUUACCCAGUCGUCAGAAUUUUUUUUCAGGUAAGCCCAGAAGCUGGAAUAAGCCUACAUGGUGAGUAAAGUAAGGUUUCUUCACUCCAAAGCCUACAUACAUGUUUGGCUUCAGACAGUGAUUCUGUUCAAAUUGUGUUAUUUUUCUUAGCAAUUUUUGGUGAAUAUCUAUUUCACAGCCAUCCUGAUUUGAUGAUGUAAACACUUUUCCCCCCCAAAAGUUAAUACCGAUGCAAUGCUCAUUUUAAGCUGUCUUUCAAA